UAUAACUGGUGCGGCGGUGCGGGCGGCGGCCGCAGUUGUCACCGGUAUCGGCGGUGUCCAUCGGCAGGAGCCGCUCGGCCCCCGGGACCGUCGCUGUACAGAGCCCUUCCCUUAGUCCGGCCCCUCCGCCAUGACCACCACGGCUACGUUCUCGGGCAUGGACCCCAAUGGCAGGAACAGCUCCAGAGUGCUGCGUCCUCCCGGCGGCGGCUCCAACUUCUCCCUGGGCUUUGAUGAGCCCCAAGAACAACCCGUGAGGAGGAACAAAAUGGCAUCCAGCAUCUUUGGAACUCCUGAGGAGAACCCACCUUCCUGGGCUAAAGCAUCAGGGGCUAAGCCAGGUGAAACCAGAGACAGCUGUGAAUCCUCUGGACCACAAAGAACAAACUCAACUGAGGCAAACUGUGGAGACUUUGUAGAUCCCAAGGGAGGAGAUGUUGGUGGUGACAUUUUUGAAAACACUGAGGCUGAUGUAGAAGCUGCCCCAGGUCAGAGUGAAGAAAAGUCCCUGCCUGCUGCACCUGUUCCUAGCCCAGUAGCACCAGCACCUGCACCCUCCAGGAGAAAUCCACCCGGUGGCAAGUCCAGCCUAGUGCUCGGUUAAACCUUUCCCUUCCUGACUGUUUUGAACUUGUGUCUGUUUUCUUUCCCCCAUGCUUGUGAUCUGCACAACUUGAGCCUGACUGUACAUCUCAAAUUUCUUUCAUUAAAAAGAAGCACUUUAUGUACUCCAUCUUUUUUUGAAAUCAAGGGUUUUUUUCCACUUCUGUCCUGUGUUUCCCCCAGAUCUACUGGAAGUGACAUGAGUGUUUUCUAGUGAUAGACUUGAGGGAAAGCUUUAUGAAGUAUUGUAAUGUAACUCAAAGGAGAGUAGCUUGGUUCUAAGUGUGCUUAGAGGGUUUUUGUACUGAGAUUUUUUUUUUAGAACCCGUUAGCUUUACAAGGGUCUAGAAUCCUGGUUAACCAGGCCAGCAAACAAUCAGCAAGAGCAGUCCCUUCCUCCACAUGUGGGAUUUAGGGAUCUAAAAGGCUUCAUUGACUGCAUGUGGUAAAUGCCUUGAGCCCUGCUGUGCCAUAUAAAUCAUUAAGUGGUUAAUGUACACCAUGCUGCCUUUAAAAACAAUCUUGAUACGGGACUACUCUGACACAGGGUCUGUGCCAAAUAGAGGGCUGAUGACCAGAGCCACCCGGCCUAGUGCUGGGAAGGGGCUGAUUCAGACUUUACUCAGUAAAGGUGGAGUGGAUCAUAGAAAUAAGAAUUACAGGGCAUUUUUUUUUACAACUUGACUCAAUGAUGUGCAUGAUCAUGCUGGUGCUUGACCAUGAGGUGAAAAAUCUCAUCCUUUAAAGUGUGUGUUGUAAUUUCACAAAGCUGGAUUGUUGCUUAAAAGUAAAUAAUAUAGAAAUUUUGAAGCAGUG